AAGCAAGUGUCAAGAUGCUGUGUGAAAGUGAUGACUUUUUGAACUCUCCACCCAAGAAAACUGUGAGGUUUGGUGGGAAAGUAACAGAAGUCUUGUCCAACUAUUCACAGGUAAAAUAUAUUUAUUUUGCAAAAUAAGGGCAGAAAAUGUCAAAGAAUUGGUGUAAUAUUUUAACUUAAAGGUUGACAUCGAAUUAGGUGGUUGGCCAUGUACCUUUCCAAUAAAUCUAUUUUAUAACUUUGUAGAGGGUUUUGUGAACUGAAAGCGUAAUAAUUACUGCCACAGUUGGUGAACAUGCUUACAAUUCAAUUGACAAUGUCUUGUGUGUAUGUGUGUAUAUAUAUAUAUAUAUAUAUAUAUAUAUCUUUGUAGAUAUUUGGCACUGGUAACUGUGUUAAAGGAUCACUAUAGUGUCAGGAAAACAAACCUGUUUUCCUGACACUAGAGUGCCCUAAGGGUGCCCCCACCCUCAGGUCCCCCCUCCCGUGGCGCUGAAGGGGUUAAAACCCCUUUAGCAGCUUACCUUAAUCCAGUGCCGGGCUCCCUCGGCGCUGGUGACCUCUCCUCCCACUCCGACGUCAGCUCCCGAGUGGAGCGGAAUGCGCAUGUUCACGCAUUCCAACAGUCCAUAGGAAAGCAUUUCUCAAUGCUUUCCUAUGGACGUUCUGCACGCUGGGUGCGAAUUUAGCAUCCAGCAUCGCAGAUGCGCCUCUAGCAGCUGUCAGGAAGAAAGCCACUAGAGGUUGGAUUAACCCUGCUAUGGAAUUUGUUGGCGCUAUAUAAAUAAUAAUAAUAAUAAUAAUAAUGUAAACAUAGCAGUUUCUCUGAAACUGAAGGGUUAAAACCUGAGGGACCUGGCACCCAGACCACUUCAUUGAGCUGAAGUGGUCUGGGUGACUAUAGUGUCCCUUUAAAGCAUUUUAUGGGUGCACCUUUGCACUUCAUAGUUGAAUACAUUUAACAGUGGAUAAACUGCAAAGCAUGCUGGAAUGUGUGCGCAUGCUCAUGGAACACGCAGAUUUCAAAAGCAAAAUGCUGCAUUUGACAUUUAGCUACACAUAUAAUAAGUCUUCAUUCUCCAUAAACCUUAUCAUGUUAUGAUGUAUGGAAAACAGUACGAGCUCUGGGUACUUCCAUCUUGGAUGCAGGAUAGAGGUAGAAUGUUAUCUUUGCUGAGGGGAUCUCAAUGUUUACUUGAUUAGAAAAGCUUCCCUCUUCACACUGUUAUAAGAUUAACAGAAUCGUAUUGGCUAAGAGUAUCAUGUGCCACUUAAAAUGGCUCAUUGAAUCCACAGCUCUGUCUUGCCACGGCAACCUAGAAAUGGGACCCAGUGUCCUUAAGAAUUGUUUACCUGUACGCAGGCAGCAGUCAUGAGAGUUCAGAGAUCUCUCCUUACCAGGCUUAUUAUCUGCAAAGGAAUGGACUUUUCCUGUCCGCUGCAGCUUAAAAACAGUUUCCAGGCUCCCUUACUGACUCUCACAUGCAAUCACAUCAAUCGGAGCAUGGAGCGACAGCCUGGGACAGUGCUGCACAGCUUAUCAUGUCUUCUUCCAGACUCCCUCCUCACCAACAGGUACACAGCAGGAGAUGAAAGGGAGAAUAACUGAAUUGUAAAUGUUUGUGUGUGAGGGUUGGGAUAGUUUGGUAUAUUUGUAAUUGUUUACGUAGAAAAAUGUUAGUAACUAGGUGUGCGUUAAAGACAGGUUGCAUUGUGUGACUUUGUCACUAGGUGAAUUACUGUGAGUUCGGUAGUUGCUGAUUUCCUUUUUGUCACUAGGUGAAUUAAUGUGAGUUCGGUAGUUGCUGAUAUCCUUUUUGUCACUAGGUGAAUUACUGUGAGUUCGGUAGUUGCUGAUAUCCUUUUUGUCACUAGGUGAAUUACUGUGAGUUCAGUAGUUGCUGAUAUCCUUUUUGUCACUAGUUGAAUUACUGGGAGUUCGGUAGUUGCUGAUAUCCUUUUUGUCACUAGGUGAAUUACUGUGAGUUCAGUAGUUGCUGAUAUCCUUUUUGUCACUAGGUGAAUUACUGUGAGUUCAGUAGUUGCUGAUAUCCUUUUUGUCACUAGGUGAAUUACUGUUAGUUCAGUAGUUGCUGAUAUCCUUUUUGUCACUAGGUGAAUUACUAGGAGUUCGGUAGUUGCUGAUAUCCUUUUUGUCACUAGGUGAAUUACUGGGAGUUCAGUAGUUGCUGAUAUCCUUUUUGUCACUAGGUGAAUUACUGUGAGUUCGGUAGUUGCUGAUAUCCUUUUUGUCACUAGGUGAAUUACUGAGUUCAGUAGUUGCUGAUAUCCUUUUUGUCACUAGGUGAAUUACUGUGAGUUCGGUAGUUGCUGAUAUCCUUUUUGUCACUAGGUGAAUUACUGAGUUCAGUAGUUGCUGAUAUCCUUUUUGUCACUAGGUGAAUUACUGUGAGUUCGGUAGUUGCUGAUAUUCUUUUUGUCACUAGGUGAAUUACUGGGAGUUCGGUAGUUGCUGAUUUCCUUUUUGUCACUAGGUGAAUUACUGUGAGUUCGGUAGUUGCUGAUAUCCUUUUUGUCACUAGGUGAAUUACUGGGAGUUCGGUAGUUGCUGAUAUCCUUUUUGUCACUAGGUGAAUUACUGUUAGUUCAGUAGUUGCUGAUAUCCUUUUGUCACUAGGUGAAUUACUGUUAGUUCAGUAGUUGCUGAUAUCCUUUUUGUCACUAGGUGAAUUACUGUGAGUUCAGUAGUUGCUGAUAUCCUUUUUGUCACUAGGUGAAUUACUGUUAGUUCAGUAGUUGCUGAUAUCCUUUUUGUCACUAGGUGAAUUACUGUGAGUUCAGUAGUUGCUGAUAUCCUUUUUGUCACUAGGUGAAUUACUGUGAGUUCAGUAGUUGCUGAUAUCCUUUUUGUCACUAGGUGAAUUACUGUGAGUUCAGUAGUUGCUGAUAUCCUUUUUGUCACUAGGUGAAUUACUGUUAGUUCAGUAGUUGCUGAUAUCCUUUUUGUCACUAGGUGAAUUACUGUGAGUUCGUAGUUGCUGAUAUCCUUUUUGUCACUAGGUGAAUUACUGUGAGUUCAGUAGUUGCUGAUAUCCUUUUUGUCACUAGGUGAAUUACUGUGAGUUCGGUAGUUGCUGAUAUCCUUUUUGUCACUAGGUGAAUUACUGAGUUCAGUAGUUGCUGAUAUCCUUUUUGUCACUAGGUGAAUUACUAUGAGACAGUGCUUUUAAAUUUACGUUGUUAGUCAUAGAAUCUAGGAGAUGUCGAAGUGAACUUCAGACAUUGGAUUAAAAUAAUUGUGUUCAACAACAUCUGAGCAGUCACAAGCUUAAUUUUUUCUUUUGUAGAAUAAUGCACUGGAUUUAUCGUCUAACAGGACUUCUUACUAAAAUGAGAAUCGUUGGGAAUUCUAAAGGAGUUUCAAAUUUAAGGCCAAAAUAUCCUUAAAGGGACACUGUAGGCACCCAGACCACUUCAGCCCAUUAAGUUUUUAUAAACUGCAAUAGUUACCUUGCAUGGUUAAGUCCUCCUCUAGUGGCUGUCUACCAGACAGUCACUAGAGGGACUUCCGGCUUCUUAGAUGACCUUUGGUCGUCUAAGCGAUGCUGAACGUCCUCACGCUAUGCAUGAAGACCUCCCGUGUCGCAGGAAUCCCCAUUGGAAAGCAUUGAAUAAUGCUUUCCUAUGGGCGAUUCCAGCUUCUCAAUCCUAUGGGGAGGUCUAAUGCACGCCCAUUGCCGCUCAUGCGCAUUAGGAGCCUGACCCAGCGCCGAGGGACAUCGGUGCUGAAUUCAGGUAAGUGUAUGGAGGGGUUUUAACCCCCUGAUCCCCAUGGGAGGGGGGCACUUCAGUAUUCUCUAGUGCCAGGAAACCGGGUUUGUGUUUCUGGCAUUAGAGAAUCCCUUUAAAAAGGUAGUUUUACAAUUUUUGACUACAUUUUGGAAUUCACUUAGAAUUUUUGUCAGUCCUCACUGUGAAUAACCCUGAAUAGUUGCUCUAUUACUUUGUAGGAGCUAGCGAAAAGAGCAUGCAUUUAGAAAAUAUGUAGUAUUGUAGUAUUGGCUCCUGGUCUGAACAGAAUUAAUCAUGAUCGUAACUUUUUUUUCUUUUAUUUAGGGUAAAACAUCUGACUUUGAUCUUUUGAUGCAUCAGCUGUCAGAUCCCGAAAUAAAGGUACGCUCACUUGAAAUGUCCUCUUAAAAAUGCCGCCUGCCCGCCCUAUACGGUUAUAGUGACAGAAAUCACAUUGAUAUCCCUGCCUUAAUGCUUUUGCAAUUUCUCCUCAUAAUAUCUGUUUUAAACGAGAAGCUCUCACAGUUUAUUUUUUUGUUUCAACAUUCUCAGAGUAAUGAACAUGGAAUCAUGGAAGUUGGAGAAUUUCCAUAUAUUGCCAGGCUGUGCCAUUGUACAAGAAAUUGUCUGCAAUAGAUUGGUUCUGAAAGAUUUGCUUUUGUUUAAGUUCAGUUAAAAUUUUAUGAAUCAUUGUUCAUAAAUCAUUGUAACACAAUUGGCUCAAUCACUUUAUCUUCCAGGCUUCCUGCAAGAAUGACCCAUAUUAAUGUGUUUUUAAUUGUCACACAGGAUGCACAAAUUAUAAAUUGGCUUCACGAAUUCCGAAAUUCUAUUACAUAUCUGACAAUCGACUACGAGCAGCUUGUCAGUAUUUUGUUGGUAAGAGAGAUUUAAUUCUUUCAUUGUUUAGAGAUGCUUACAUCAAAGUAUGCAAUUUGCAUUUUCAGUGUUAAUGUGCAUAUUGUGUGUGUGUGUGAAGUAGUAUAAAAUGUCUGGGAAUCUAAUUUCUUCAUAGAUGUUUAGGUGUGGGUGAACGUUUGAAGUAAAGCUGCAUUACUGUCAUCUUUAUACUCUCUCACAGAAGUUGCCAUGGAUAAACAGAAGCAAAGAAGUUGUGGAGGAAUAUUUGGCCUUUUUGGGGAACCUUGUUUCCGCCCAGACUGUGUAUCUGAGGCACUGCCUUAGGAUGAUAAUCUCACACUUUGUACCUGGUAAAAUGGGAUUUUAUUCAUUUUCACAGUCAUAUAUUUGACCUGAAAGUUAGACUAAUGAGCAUUUAGAGGUAAAUGCACAUAUUCCAUAGUUUGUGAUUUACAGUUGGUGUUAAGAUGCAUUUCUUUUCUUCUACUCUUAAUCUUUGCAAUGCACAAGUUUAUUAAGUAUUCACAAUCAAUAUUCAAAUUAGUAGACUACAACAUUUUGUUUUCUGACUUAACUGUGUUUUGAAAAACCAUAACUUACAAGAAACGGGCAUCUAGUGGUGACAAUGAUCAUUACAGCCAAAUGUUAUGCACGCUUGCUUAAAGCUGCACUGUCAUGCCGAACUUACUUUUCCCCAAUCGAUUCCUCUUCUCUCUCUCUCUCUCAGGAUCUGUUAUUUAUUUCUUCCUGUCUUCUCUAGUUUUCUUUAAAAAUUAAGACAAAGUAGGGACUAUUUGUCUUAUGGAGGUUUCUUACGCCAUGACCAGCUAUGACCAGCGGAGGAGCAAAGUGUGCUUCGUUUCCGGUGGUCACAGCAAUUUUCCCACGAUCCUUAGCUUUCCUCCCUGUUCCCACGAUGCUUCCUGUCAGUAUUGCUGAACGUCCUGUCACUUAGACAGAACACCGGCAAAACUGCCGAAUUGUAUCCUAACAGAAUGAGAACAGUUUCUCCAUUCGUGUUAGGACGCAAUUCGGGACUUUGUUCGUAUCGGAAUUUAAUUUGAAUGAAUGAAACUCCGAUCCUAUUCGUGCUGUGGCUGCAUCUUGCAGCCGCUUAGUAGAGAACUCCCUAAUUCCCACGGUAUUAGGGAGUUUUCUACCAAAAGGCUGAAAGACCUAAAUUGGUCUUUCAGCCACAUUUACUAAUACUAAGUAAAGAUGACUUAGUAUUAGUAAAUUCAGCCCUUACUCUCUAUACUGCGAGUAGGGGCAUGUCUAGUAAAGCCAGUGGCUGGUCACUGUUAAACAAAAAAAAAAAAAACACAUUAAACUGAAGGCCCCCCCGGCCCCCACCCCUGAGCAGCGGGUGGGGGCCCUAAAUGUGAAUGUGGGGAGGGGACCUAUUGUCCUCCCCCCCUCCCCCACCCCAGAGCAGUGGGUGGGGGCCCUAAAUAGGAAUGUGGGGGCACACCUACUGUCCUCCCGCCCCCACCCUGCACGGUGGGUGGGGGACCUAAAUAACAAGGGGGGGCCUACUGUCCUCCCCCAGGCCCCCACCCCUGAGCAGCGGGUGGGGGCCCUAAAUGUGAAUGUGGGGAGGGGACCUAUUGUCCUCCCCCCGCCCCCACCCCAGAGCGGUGGGUGGGGGCCCUAAAUAGGAAUGUGGGGGGACACCUACUGUCCUCCCCCCCGGCCCCCACCCCUGCGCGGUGGGUGGGGGCCCUAAAUAACAAGGGGGACCUAAAUAAGUAUGGGGGGGCCUACUGUCCUCCCCCCGGCCCUAAAUAACAGGGGGGCUACUGUCCAGCCCCCACCCCUGAGCGGUGGGUGGGGUCCUAAACAAGAAUGGGGCGGGACCUCUUGUCCUCCCCCCUGGCCCCCACCCCUAAGCGGUGGGGGGGGCUACUGUCCUCCCCCCACGGCCCCUACCCCUGAGCGGCGGGUGGGUGCUCUAAAUAAGAAUGUGGGUGAGGACCUACUGUCCCGGCCCCCACCCCUGAGCGGCGGAUGGCAGCCCUAAAUGAAAAUUCUCCCUCCCCCCAAUCAAGGUGACUAGGGGUCCCCAAAUAAAAAGUUAUCCCUUACCUACCCCCCUCACCGUAAAAAUAGUGAGGGGGUAAUGAAAUAACUAACCUGAAAAGAAAAAUAAAACUUACCAUUUGAUGUCUUCUGUCUUCUAAAAUCUUAAUUUUUCAGCCUCAAAAAAGGCCAAAUAAAAACCAUCAUACCCGUCGAACUUAAAAUAAAAUAAACCCGAGCGCAAAAAAAAAACCUGACGCUAAAAAAAUUAAUCCAUCUUCACCCGUGGAGGGCACGGUGCAGACUGAGCUCCGCAGGGCGGGGUAAGGCUUAUAAAGAACACUCUGGUUGGUUUAAGCCAAUCAGAUUGCUCAUUGUCAUUUUACACAGCGUAGGAAAAUUCUUUGGAACUUUCCCACGCUGUGUAAAAUGACACAGAGCACUCUGAUUGGUCAGUUUCUUUAAUAUGGCCCCUUAAGAAGCAAUUAGAAGAAGGGAGCUGAUACUGAUUAUCGUUUCUAACCGGUGCCAAUAUUUUGUUGGGGUAGAUGAGUUGUAGUGCAAAUUUUGAGGGGGAGGGGAGAUUACCUGGUGUGCUUUAGAGGAGGGAUAUGAGCUGGUGUGCUGGAGAGUGGGGGGAUGAGUAAAUGGUUUGCAGAAAUUGUCUGGCAUAAUGAUUACAUUGAAAUUGGCAUGUUCUCUCUCUCUCUCUCUCUCUCUCUCUCUUCAUGGUUUUUCUUUCCUCCUUAAUAGCUCGGAUAAUCAUAAGAGAAGGUGAUGUAGAUAUAUCGGACUCGGAUGAUGAAGAUGAUGGUGAGCAUAUAUAUUUUAUUAAUGACAUUCUAUGUACAGAGCUGGUUUAGUCAACAAACAGUGAGUUCUGAUGAAAUAAUAAGGAUCUCAAAUCAAAGGCCUAAAUAGCAGAGAUGGAACGUUUCCACAAUCUGAGCUGUAUUUCCAGCGUUUCAACUCUGCUACUUUAGAUUUUACAACUUAAAACUUGGCCAUUGACCUAAUGACAAGUACAUCAUUUUGGUCCUUAGUCAAAGUGAACCUGUUAUGUAUAAUUGAACUUUCCUGCAGUGGCUUCUAUAUGCAUUGAAUACACCAUUUAUCACCAAGAUAUGCCGGCUCGUGAUCUGGUUGUCCUCCGCUCCACCUCUCUUCUUUUUUUUAAUUUGCCCUACUUGGGAUACUUCUGCAAGCAGGGCAAAUCUCUGGUCAGUGACAUCGGCAUGCUGCUUUCAUUGCCAGCGUUCUGGCGUCGGAAUGGAGUCCCACAGAAGAUCCCUCUAUUCUCCCCCCGUAGUAACCACAGUGCAUAUGCUGCGAUUGCUAUGGAAACUCCUAGUUUCUAGUACUGGCUAGGGAGUAUAGGAAAGGAGUGACCCUAGAAGUGCAAGCUUAGGAAGUUUCCAUAGCAAACGCAGAACAUGCACUCUGGUUGUUAUGGGAGGAGAGCAGAGGAACCUCCUGUGGGAGGUCUUUUCUGAUGUCCCUUGUUAGUCAAUGAUCGGCAUGCCUCGGCAUUAAUUGAAAGCUGAGACAAAAAUCUAUUUAAAAUAUUUUUUUUACUAAUCUAUACAUUUGCUAGCAAAAUUGCUAGCUUAAUGUAUAGAUAAAAUUGUAUGCUCAAUCUAAUGAGUAUAAGUUGUUUUGGGCAUGACAGGUGCCUUUUAAGAACUGCUGACGUGGAGCAGAGCAAAUUUUAACUUCUCACUAUGUGGAUACAGAUACUUUCCCUAAGUAGUAGUGUGAACAUUUGUGAGUUUACAUUCAUGCGCCUCUACGUAUCAUUUGUUUUCACAACUAGUAAUAAAAUGCAAAUAGGUUUUUAUUUCCCACCCCAUGUUCAAAUUUUACAUGAAUGACCUCCAUACUGCAUCAUUGUACAAAUUCAGUUUUUUGGGGGUUUAGAUUUUUGUACUGAACAAAAACAUUUUUUUAUUUUUUCUAUAAAUACGAUCUAUUAUUUAUUUAAUUUUUAAAAAUUCUUUAUUUGGCAGCAAAAAAAAAUGACACAUUGCAAAACAACUUCACAGAUGACAGUAGUACAAUUUCAGAGCUGUCCAAAUUUUAGGAAUAGGAGUGACAAGUAAGACUUGCAGUGUUAUUCUACAGAUCCUUUAGGGUACUGGCACAAUACAGUUAUGAGCACUCCCAAGAGUCUUAUAUGAUGAGCAAGAUCAGGUCACUCCUUAAAAUGUAUACAAAAUAGGAACUAAAAACAAACAAAAAGGGGAGUACUAAAUAAUAAUAAUAAUAAAAAAAAAAAAAACGAUUUAAGCAAGUUUGUGAAAGUUAAUGUUUUUAUGUUUAUGUGACCUGUAAACAUUUCUUCUGCAGGUAUAUUUUCAACCUUUAAUACUUGUCACAGGGCACUCCAAAUAAUAGCACGAUACGUUCCUUCGUAAGUACCAAAUGAUUUUCGUAAACGUCAACUUUUCUUGUCAGAUACAAAACAAGUUCAUAUGAAUUUAAAGUUUUUGCAUUUCUCAAUUAAUUUUUCAAACUAUUUUUUUCUAACAGUCUUUGGCUUUCAAUUAAUUUCUGAUGUUUAAUUUUUAAGUACUUUCUAGUGUGACACGGGCCAUGACUACUCAAUCAGCCUGUCACAGUCACCCUUUGAAAGUAGUAUGUACUAUUUGUCUCAAUCGGCGGCUAUCCUCAUUCGCACAGCAGACCUUAUACAGUUAAGACUGAGAUUAAGGAAAUCUGGGGGCAAAAUAGUUUGACCCCUAAAGGUAUAAGGGUGUGUCCAGACACUUCUGCCCCAUAACCGUUUCAGUGAGUUGACGUUUUUGUGAGUGUUGCUUCUGUGUACACAGCUGUGACAUACAACUACACCCCCUUUUCCAUCUCGUGUUUCCUCUUUCACACAUUUAGAAACAAGGUCUCUCUCUUUUUGUUUUGGGGUUAAAUGUCACUCUGUUGGUGGAAGCAUUCUUUGUUUUUGUGAUGAUUAAUAUGCACAUGAGGAGAAGGCAAGUAUCAAUUAUUCAGCUGAAUUUAAAUAUAUAUUAAAUUCUGUACAGUGAAACAUCUUCAUAGUAAAUUGGGGGAGGGGAGUGGGAGAGAGAUAAUUAUUUGCACUGGGGAAGGCAACAAUUUAUAGGUUUAUAACAAUCAAAAACAUGUGUUUUCAUAAAUCCCUGGUUUUGGUUAGAGUAGCCAUUUCUGGGGUGGUCCCUGCCCCCCUUCCAAAGAAAAAAAACCACUGAGGAAAAAAAAUAAAUGCUAAAACUUCUAUUCCAAGUUCUUACCUAAUCCCAAUCCUCAAUGCCCGGAUGUUAUUCCCCUUUCUGGAUUGGGAGGAUGAACUGAGGGAAGGACAGGGGUGGCAUGAAGCUCUUCAUUUAUUAAUUUUUUGUGUGUCCGCAACAUCCCCACUUAGUUUCAGAGUCUCUAAAGUGAGAAUUCAAAGUGACUUUUACAUUUACAGGGAACCUGUCACAAUGAACUUUGACUCAUUUAAAAGAGGUAAAAACUCCAUCUAUACAUUGUGCUAGAAGUUUCACUAGCAAAUGUAUAGAUUUGGAGAAAAAAAGCAUUUUUUUUCCUCCCAAUCUGACGCUCAGUGUUGAGGAAUUGAUAGUCAUCGAGAGCAGAAGAGAGCUCCCAUAGGACAUCCCUUUGCUUUCUUACUAUAGCAACCACAGCGCAAGCUCUGUGGUUGCUAUGGUAACUCUAGACAGCACUGACUCGGGACUAAAGGAACAGAGUGACGUCACUCCGUUCAGAUGCCGGCACUUUGGCAACAAAGCCAGCAUAUCGGCGUCAUGGAGGUUGUUUGCCUGCUUUGGGAAGUUUUCCCAAGCAGGGCAAAUCAGAGGAGGAGCACAUGCAGACCGGAGGUGGGUGCUACAGAAGUGUGGACAGAUAAAGCAGUUUUUCUUUAAUAUAUUUUACAGAAUAGUCAUCCUCUCUAUUCUCCGCCCUGAACAAUGUGUCUCUCUCUAUUUUGUUUUUUUCAGGGCACCAAGAUUUCUUAUGCCAAUACUUGUGGAAAAGUUUCCUUAUGUGAACAAAUCUGUAAGAACAAUGGUGAGUGGUCUAUUUACAUAUGCAAAGCCAUAUUCCUAUUGUGUUUUUUUAUCCCACCUCUUUUUAGAUUCUAAGCUCAUUUGAGCAGAGCCCUCAUCUCAACCUAUUGCUCCUGUCAAAAUAUGUAAUAGUUUGUCUCAUUUGUUAAAAUCCCCUUGAUAAUAUUGUAAGACACUUUGCACUGUAUGCCAAUACUAAUAAAAUUCGUUAAGCAACUUUUUUUUGUUUUUUGCAGUUAACAUUUUAUUGAGGACAAAACCUAAAAUAAGCAGUAAAAUAUAGAAGCUUAAGUCUUGAAUACAUAAGAUUUUAGCAACAUUUUGUAAGCCAAGACUGCCUAGUUGAGGGAAAUAAAAAUCUUCAAUUUAAAGGUGUAGAGAAUGUUUUCCACCUUUGCAAUUUUUUGGCAUAUUUUUGCAACUGCUCCCAGCUCACUUUGUUGCAGUGAAUAAACCCUGCUAUGUAGACUCUGUUGCUCUAAUACAAAAGUAAAGGUUUUAACCUGAUAGCUAAAGUGUAACAUGUGAUGGAUAAAUCAUUGCUUUUGUCUAAUGGAUAUCACGUGUGGAACAUGAUCUUAAGAGUUAGGCCGUGUUAGAGAAAAAGGUCAAAAUCCAUGUUCUUCACCUUAGCAACGCCGUUAUAAGAAGUUAUCAACAUGUAAUAUAUUUUGUUAAUGUGCCAAGUUCAGAUGUAUCAGUGGAGUUUAAACAAACCAUGUUUUUACUAAAAGUGGCCCUGUCACCUCAAAAUUGCCUUUCUCUUAUUGUUUCAUCUUCUCUUCCUCUUUCAGAAUCCUCAUUUCUGAUCUAUUUCUCUUUAAAACAUAAGACAAAGUAUGGACUGCUUAGUUUCCCCCCCCUCUUAAGGCAAGCUCCACUUCCUUUGUCAAGCAAACAAAGAGUGAAACUUUCCUUAAUUUCUUCCUUGUCUUGUUUAAUGAGAAAUAGAUCAGAAAUGAAAGGAACACUAUAGGGUCAGGAACACAAACAUGUAUUCCUGACCCUAUAGUGUUUAACCCACCAUUUAGGUUUCUUGCCCCUCCCCCCCUUAGACCCCCUACAAAAGUUUAAAACUCACCUUAUUUCCAGUGCCGCGCGGGUCUCUUUGUGACAUCAUCAAAAUGGCCGAUUUUUAGCCAAUCAUUUUGAAUGAAUGCAUCUAUAUGAGGAAAAUUCAGCAGCUCCAUGCAGAGCUGAACGUCAGGGCUGCUUUUUCAGGUGUUUUUUGGAGGUGUCCCUAGAGGCAAUGUAAACACUGCCUUUUCUCUAAAUGCACUUUACAUUUCUCUGAAAAAGCAGUGUUUACAUGAGAAAAGCCUGAAGGGAACUGUUAUACUCACCAGAACAACUACAUUAAGCUGUAGUUGUUCAGGUGACUAUAGUGUCUCUUUAAGAAAAGAAGAUAUUCUGAAAGAGGAAGAGAAGAGGAAACGAUAGGAGAAAGGUAGGUUUGAGGUGACAGGGCCACUUUAAGAACAUUCUUGUAGAAAGAAAAGUCACGUGUCUACAAUGUUUACUCGGCACCUAACACUCUUCCAUGCAGAUAAUUAUAUAGAAUGGAAUCCAUCUUAGAUCAGUUUAGGUAUGUUUGUAGGCCCAUAAACACAGAUCCGUGUUUAACAAUGUAUUAACUAUCCACUGACUUAAGGUGGAAGGGGUUUUUAAUCACUUUUUUUCCCUACCAUAACUAUUUUGGUUUGUGCUCCGCAAGUAACGCCAAGCCUCAAUAGCAAGCCACUAGCCAACCUCAUGCAUUAAAAACAAGACAGAUGCCCAUGAGUGGUUCACUGGCUUUGCAUCUUUUCAUGGGUUGCGUUUCAAAGCAGCAAACAUAAACUCCAAGGAAUCCGUGUUUAAAAUGGAAUAAUGAGGCAAAAAUGUCAUUCUUUCUUUAACUCAGUUGCAUACACCCAUCCAGAAUCCCACAGAUCUGUGUUUAACAAUGUAUUGAGAAUAUAUAUAUAUUUUAUUCUGCCAAAUACUAUUCGAUAGUCACCAUCCUUUUUAAUUAACUACAAUGUGUUUUGUUUUUAUGUAAGGAAUGCUAUGUGCAUAACCUUCUAAGGAUUACUGUGUAUUUCCCAACCCUGAGACAUGAUAUUCUGGAGCUGGUCUUUGAGAGGUUACUGAAAAUUGAUGUAAGUAGAAAUAUUUUCUAUCACGUUCCCCGUAUCCCUUGCGUGUUCCGUGUUUAUUAUGUUAUCUUGACCUAACAUGUGAUGUGACUAUAUGCUCUCAGAAAAGCAGAUGAUGUGAAACCUCCACUUCUGUUCUCACUAUAAUCACUUUACACGACUAAGAAAUUGAAACACUAGCAUGCACCUCCUAAUCAUAGAUGAUGGGAUUUCCUUGCACUUUACAUUUAGCUCUGGGAAUCCUUGCACAUCCACAGCCAUUUAACACUGGCGCCUUUUCACCACAUUUGAGCACUCUUCUCUAAUUACUGCCACCAUAUCUGGUAUGAAUUGGUAUGGGACAAGGAGGAAACAUAGCUGCAACUCCACCAUAUUGUCAUUGGAUUCCAGGUGGCUGGGGAAUGAGCAUCUCUGCUAAACAGUGAUGUGGGAUCAGGUGCCCACGGCCUGCAGGCAACAUAUCCACUGGUAUCUGUUGAAGUGGUUAUGGUUCCUUUAAUGCUCGCUAGAACUGGGACCCAUCUUCCAGAUACUUUGAUUGGCCAUCCCCUUCUGAUGCUCUUUGGCAAGAGUUACCAUAGCUUUAAGUUGCAUGUUCAAUGUGAAUAGUAAAGCUUACAUUGCCCGUCAUUCUGGUUGUGUACAGUCUUAUAUGAAUGUCGUCUUGCAGGUGAGCGCCUCACGCCAUGAAAUAGAGGACGCUGAAGAAGCUGCGUUACAGAAAGAUGGAGCCAAUAAAAGCGGCACAGAAGAAGGGCUUUUCAACAUGGUGAGAUAUGCUUUUUAAAAAGAUAUCGAGAUUGGCCUAUGAAAAAUAUUUUGUGUUAUAUUUAAUUGGCAUUAUGUAUGUUUCUGUAGAAUGUAUUUGCUUCUGGCGACAUUUCAAAGAGACAUCCACUGACAAUUUGUUGCAGCAUCAUACAAAAGAAUUUAGAUGUGUUUUUUUUUUAUACAGAAUUCAUGAUUUCUUAAUUUUUUAACACCAUAGUGUUUGGACUUGACCCUUGUUUGCUGCUUAUGGCAGAUGGCAACACAAUGCAUAACAGGAAACAUAUAUCUGAGAUUUUGGAUAAAACUAUGUGCAGCGUUACAUUUUAGUGAGUGAACUUGGCACACACAAUGAAGCUGCAUGCACCAUCCUAUAUCACCAUCACAAAAGCUCAAGUAAAUAGAAGCCAGUGAUACCCCUUUUUGUGCAAAUGGGGUUGUCUUCCUUUUUUUGCAAUGAUUGACAUAGUAUUGUGGCUGCAUUGUGCAUGCGCUGUUGGCAGCGUAUAGUCCUCUACAAUGAUCUCUGAAUUAUUGGUAUCAGCCGGUGUUACUGGAGGCAGAAUGUUACCACUGCUUGUAUUAGGAUAAUUCACAUACAGUAUAAAUACAUAAAACGUCUUCAGUAAAUGAGAAUUGUUCAAUUACGGUGCUGCAUAGUGAUGCCACCAAGUGGACAUGAACAACGUUUUAAGCUUUCUUUUGUGGAUUCAAUUAAUUUCCUAUCUACUCAGCAAAUGUAAUGUAUCGGUUACAGUUUUAGUGUUUUUCUUAAAAGGUGCAUUCUCUUUGUAAAUAAGCUUUUAGAUCAAAGUGACACUAUAGGCACCAAAACUACUUUAGCUUAAUGAAGCAGUUUUGUUGUAUAGCUCAUACCGCUGCAGUCUCACUGUUCAAUUCUCUGUGAUACAGGAGUUAAAUCACUUUUGUUUCUGUUUAUUCAGUCAUAGUUACACCUCCCCUGGCUGUGACUGACACAGCCUGCACGAAAAAAAUGGUUUAAUUUUCAAUCAGAUGUUAACAUGCUUUAUAAAUUUUCACCUCCUGCUCUGUGUAAAUUUCUUUAACCACAUGCAGGAGGCAGGGUCUAGAAUUCUAUUAACAGCGCAGGAGAUAAGAAAUUCUAAAUAAAGAGAAUGUGCAAUAAAUAAGUUUUAACGUUAGAUCUCUCGUUGCAGGAUGUGUUUAGGAAAGCUUUGCAUGUCACAUGCAGGGAGGUGUGACUAGGUGUAAACAAAGUAUUUUGAUUCCUAAAUGGCAUUGAGCAGUUAGACUGCAGUGGCAUGAUCUAUACAACAAAACUGCGUCAUAAAGCUAAAUUUGUUGUGGUGCUUGCGUGGUCCCUUUAAGAGUUUUCAUUAAGCCCUUCAAAUUUUACUGUAUUGUUGUUAUUUUUAUUAUUACUCUUAUUAGCAUUUAAAAUUGCUUUUCAAAUAGGAUGAAGAUCUGGAGGAGAAUGUACCUGUUGCCGUAAACAGUGAAAUUAUGGCUCAUCCUGCAGCUGACCGUCUGGAUACAUUGAUGCUUGUCGUUUUUGCUUACAUAAAAAACAUGUGCUACACCAGUGGUAAGUCUAAUUAGUAAUACUGAUUGCAGAUACUGUCUUUUAUCACUGCAACUCCACAGACCAGUAACGCAAGCUUAUGGAUUUUAAAUGUAGGGGAUCUAAACAUUUACAUUUCAUAUGCAGAACGAAAAGUCCUGCGCUCACUCCCAUCACUGGGCGGCAGCAAUGACUACAGUACACAUCAGCCCCAAUAUAUAGUAAAAACCAAAGAAAAACAGGUUACCUGCGCUCUCUCCUUAAUCCCUAUGUAUUUCUAAAACGAAUUGAGGUUUUUUAGUUACCUCCAAUGGCCAUGAGAGGAUAAGCCCAACUGCCAACGUCAAGGCAGUCUCCCCCCUCCCCCCCAGAUGGUCCUAACUCUAACCAUUCACCUUGCUUCCUUGAGCUUAUGGCAAAGAUCUCUAAUGAGACAGAAAGGGGUAUUUUUUAUAUACACCCCUAUAUAUUAACCCUUAAUAGGGAACACAUGGGAUGGGCGGCUGCAUUGUAACAAGGCUGAGUGAUACAAAAAAUGGAUACAAAUGCCGAAAGAUAAGUCCUGCGCUCACUCCCAUCACUUGGCGGCAGCAAUGACUACAGUACACAUCAGCCCCAAUAUAUAGUAAAAACCAAAGAAAAACAUGUUACCUGCACUCUCUCCUUAAUCCCUAUGUAUUUUUAUGUUUUAAAAAUACAUAGGGAUUAAGGAGAGAGCGCAGGUAACAUGUUUUUCUUUGGUUAUUUACAUUCCAUAACCUACUGCCUAUACUUGUCGAGUUAUCUCAAGACUAUUUGGCAGGCAAAAUAAUUCCCUAAAGUCCCCUAUUGGGUGUUGUGAUCUGUAUGGACUCUGUUAACUUGUGUAGUGUAACAUAUGUUUUUACCUUGCAGGCUCUUUGGAUCUGAACAAAACUAAAGAUUUAUACAAAGAUCUGCUGGCAAUAUUUGAUAAACUGAUUUUACCAACACACGCUUGCUGCCACGUGCAGUUUGUCAUGUUUUAUCUCUGCAGCUUCAAACUGGUGCGUAUCCCAUGUACUCUUGUCUUGCUGGUUAAAAUGUUACUCGGCGUAGUGACCUAGGCUGCUAACGCAAAUAAUGCUCAGCAUCUGUUACUUUAUGUUGGAGGAAGGGGAAAGUUAUCUUGAAAUAUACUGUGAGAGUUUCAGAGAAAGUGUUUGUAGCAUUAAAGGGACACUCCAGACCCCUAAAACUAAAUGUAGCUUGAUGUAAAGCAUUGUGUAUAAAGAGUGUCCUUUUUUUUUUUUCUUCAAAUUGCGGGUUUCUUUAGAAAUUGACACUUUUAUAAAUUAACCUGGUUACAUCCACCUUGCUUUUAAGUAGACAACCGGUCCUGUUAAUUACUGGUUGUUUAGCUCAGUGGAGAUAAACUCAAGAGGCAGCAAUUGCCCAGAGCACCUGACUUGCAAAGACUUCUCAUUGAGCUGCAUUGGGAUGUCUGUGAUUGGACAGCCACAGAAAGUCUGGGCUGGGGAAAGGGGAGGGCUUGCAAAGACAGCAGACUAGGGAACUGCAGCUUUUGCAGGCGGUGUUUAGAUAUACCACAUAUGGAAAAGUGCAUAAUUAAAUGCAUGCUAUUUUUGAAUUGGCUUUUAUCUAUUAAACAGUGAUUUUUAUUUUGAGCAGUGGAGUGUCACUUUAAUCAGUGGAAUCGUGCUGUCUAGUUUUUGUCGAGUAAAUGACCGUUUGAUAGCAUCUCAAUUGAAAAAUAUUUGUAUCAAAAUGAUGUACCAUGCAUCACAUAACCCCAUUCAUUUUAUCUUAAUUUAAAUGGAAAUUAAAUAAAACCAAAUUACAUUUUUAUAGUAAGCAUAUAGUUUAAUUAAAAGUAAUAAAGGCUUUAAAAGACUUAAAUAGAAUUUCACAUAUCUCUUCCUGCUAUUGACUCAAAUUUGAAGCGAUACCCUGUUUGUCGCAAAAUAUGCGAAACUUCCUUCACGGAUCAAACGGCAUUCCGAUUUCUCCUUGGAUCAGCAAGCUGUCACCUCUACAUGUUAUACAUUACAUCCUUGAAUAUUCAGGUUUUUAUUUUUUCACCAAAAAGUAUCCAGAUGCUUUAAAAAGUGUGUACUGAAUCUAAUAAAACAACUUCCAAAUGUAGAGAAUUCUACAUCUUCAUUGUUUUUUAUGUAAAUAAACCUUUCAUCGAAUCUAAAUGGGGGGCUUCUUGUCCUUUGUACAGUUCUGUUAAUGAAUAGGUAACUUUGAAGCUGUAUAUAAUAUUUUUAUGCAGCAUCGUGGAAAAUAUUGACCCUUAUUGAUCCUUAAUGACCAAAUGUUACAUGUUGUCAUCUGUGCCAGCAGUGUACUAUUUAUUUACUACCAGUGGCUCUCUUCAGCUUUGCUGUGAUCAAUUUAGUGGCCAUUUGUGUGUUCGAAUAGGAACCUUAUCCAUUAGACUGUUUUGGCAGCAUCAACUUUAACGCCCUUAAAGGUUUGAAAAUGCUCUCAUGCUUAGCGGGAGUUCUGGAGGGCUCUGUUUCAAUUCGCAAAUCCCAUCAGUUCGCUGUUAGAAUAAAAUGCCAAACAGAUAUAUAGAUCCGCUGAUAUAACUAAGCAUGUCCAGAAGUGGUAGCCUCACGAAAAUUCGGUGCACAAGUGCAAGUCUCCAGAUACAUCUCUUAUCUAUCUUGCAAGCAUUACACUGCAGAAAGAAGUGUACAUUUGACUUAAAUGUCUAAUUUUUCCUCUCAAGUAUGUUUUACUAAGAAGAUUUUUAUUCUGUCCACCUUAUUUAUGCAAAGCUUCUGGUCUUUGCAAGUAUAAAAUCCACCGGUGACACUUUUAUGCUAAUAUAAAACUGUUCAUGUUUUAUAAAUCUCCGCGUUUGACAUGGUCGCUCUUUUAUUGCAGGGAUUUGCAGAAGCAUUUUUGGAACAUCUUUGGAAGAAACUGCAGAAUCCAAACAACCCUCCAAUUAUCAGACAGACUGCUGCAACCUACAUUGGGAGUCUUCUAUCUCGAGCCAAGUUCAUUCCUGUGUUGUAAGUGACAGUAAAAAUAGGUGUAUAUAUUAGGUUUAAAAGACAAUUUAGAACAGAGUGCUACAAUCACCAAUGUGGGUCACUCCACCUCACAUAAAUAAGUAAAUAAAACCGUAAAAGUGGUGAGAGCACACACAGAAUAAAAUAUCAAAUUAGUUACCCCUAUGUUCAAUUAAAAUCAUAUUUCUGAGCCACUUAAAAUAAAAGCUGGCUCAGACUAAGAACGUUGAAUGGAUUGAUGUAGUGAUAGCUGAAAUCAAAUGCUAACUGCUUGCUCGUCCUUUCUUAAAAAACCCAGGAUGCAGGAUCUUAGUAAAAGGUUUAUUAUUCCAGAGUAAAAAACAGCAGCAAAAAUGAAGAUCAGCAAUCUCACUCUCCACACACUGAUGCGUUUCAGCCGAAGCUUUUAUCAAAGUGCAAGUCCAUUCAGUCCAUUCUUAGUUUAAAUAGGAGCCUUUUCACGCCUUUCUCCCGUUUGGUAAUAGGCUCCUCCCCUUCCAUUUAGACGCAACCAACAAUCGGGCAUCCUAGCGUCCAUAGUAACCUUAGUUUACCUCCGCGUUUGUCAGAAAUGACGUGGGGAGGGUCUCCUCGCUUGUGCUGAUUAAUAGUUAAUGUUGCAAAAAGAAACUCCUACUGCAACAUACUGCAUACAUAUUAUCACCAUCAAACUUUAAAACAAUAUUACAACAAGCUAAGUUUUCUAAUGCAUAAAAAAUCGAAUCUUUCCUUUUCCUACAGAGACACACUGAAAAAAGAUUAGUAGAAAAAAAGGGGAAUAAUAUCAUAUUAUUCAAUUUAAAGACACAGAAAUGCUGGGGGGAAUAAAUCAAAUACAGAGUACAAGCGAAAAACUAACAUAUUAUCCAACAAUCUCCUUUUAAUAAAAAACAUAUUAAUAACAUGUUGGUAUGCUUCAGAUAAAUUAGGAAAAUAGUAAAAAUACAUUGAAAAUAUUAAUGUUAAUACAAAAAAUGUACAAAUUCAUGCCUCAAAUAAAACCACAUACAUUUCCUAAAAUAUUUAAAUUACAUUACAGUCUUUAAUAUAAUAAAUUAAAUACAUUUAAAAGAAUAAAUAUUGUAUGCAGGAUGUUGCAGUAGGAGUUUCUUUUUUCAACAUUAAAGAUUAAUCAGCACAAGCGAGGAGACCCUCCCCACGUCAUUUCUGACGAACGCGGAAGUAAACUAAGGUUACUAUGGACGCUAGGAUGCCCGAUUGUUGGUUGCGUCUGAAUGGAAGGGGAGGAGCCUAUUACCAAACGGGAGAAAGGCGCGAAAAGGCUUCUAUUUAAACUAAGAAUGGACUGAAUGGUCUUGCACUUUGAUAAAAGCUUUGGCUGAAACGCGUCAGUGUGUGGAGAGUGAGAUUGCUGAUCUUCAUUUUUGCUGCUGUUUUUUACUCUGGAAUAAUAAACCUUUUACUAAGAUCCUGCAUCCUGGGUUUUUUAAGAAAGGACGAGCAAGCAGUUAGCAUUUGAUUUCAGCUAUCACUACAUCAAUCCAUUCACCGUUCUCAGUCUGAGCCAGCUUUUAUUUUAAGUGGCUCAGAAAUAUGAUUUUAAUUGAACACAGGGGUAACUAAUUUGAUAUUUUAUUCUGUGUGCGCUCUCACAACAUUUGCUGUUUUAUUUCCUGUGUUGUAAGUGCUGGUUUCCAUUUUAUCAAGUAAUGGGUAGGCAAAGACAAUAACUUGGGGGUGUCUGAGUUGGAAUGAGGGCAAUUUGUGGCCUAUUCCAAUUAUUCAGUGUGAGAGAGGAUCAUGAUACAAUCGACAGAUCCUUUCCAUACUAUGUAGAUUCCAAACUACAGGUUGUUGUGGAUACACCUUUCAUGGUACAUGCUUUGUAAGUAGACAUGUUUGCUAGUCUUUUUUUUUUUUUUAUUAGUGCUUAUUGUCAAACAUACUUGAUAAUAUUACGUAUUAAGACAAUAUAAAAGUAUUUGUUAAUUUUGUCUAUGGCACUUUUUAGAGUAAUAUAUAUAGUAUCAAAGCGCAUUUUAGAAGUGAUCACUUUAAGGUAAUUAAAUUCUCCUAUACACGGGAGAGACUUUGAGAAUCACGUUCCACCCCAGGUAUAUUUAAAUUAAGGAUAUUAGGGUAUUGGCAACAUUACUGAAUAUUUCAAUAAAAAUUAAAAUAAACUAUCACACCGGAAUCAGAUAGUAGAUUCUGAAUAUCAAGGUCUGAGGAGGCCGGAGGCCUGCAUUCACUCAGUCAGCCGCCUACCUCGGGGCCUCAAGGUGGACCAAUCUCCAGCUCCAGUACAAAAUUCCUAGUCACCAUGGCGGGCUGACGCCUUGGAUUUGUUGAGCCCCGACUUAAGAAACAUUCCAUCCAUGAGUUGCUGUCUGCAACUGUGUUGCUGAAGCUGUCUUCAAUCCUCCUUGAAUACUCAGAUUGGUCAAAAAAGUGUGACGUCUGCUAACUGAUUUGUUUUUAAUGGAUAAAAUAAAAUGCCAUCCAGUAUACUUGUGAUCCGCACAUUCUGCCAUCCUUUAUAACUGCUAAUUUAGCCAAGCAUAUCACCUGUGUGGAGUGUAGUUGGCACUAGCUGGUUCUUCUACUCCUCCUUCCACUGCCGUGGUUUGGCCCCACUGGGCAUUCAUGUCUUCUACUAUAUCAGACCGCUAUUGUACAUGGGUUAUGCUUGUUAGGAGCCUGUUAUCAGGCAGUCUGUUAGGGAGAUUAGUGCCUUUUAUAUUUUUGCUCAUUGUGCUCUUUUCGUGAGUGGCAUUUUUGACUAGUGACCAGAUUAAGGGGGAAAAAUGCCGAAUUUUUUGUGAAAUAACUGAAUUCUGUGCAGAGCAUUGAAGUAGACGUUAUUCAGAAAUUUCAGAGUUCUAUGUUUGUUAAUUUAUUUUAGCAACUAGAUAUUGUAACUGUAGACGUAAUCCCAUGACUGCUUGCAAAUUAUUUAAUCUUGUCUUUAUAUUGCUCACUCAGGACUGUGAAGGCAUGCCUUGAUCUUCUGGUGAACUGGCUGCACGGUUACAUUGAUAACCAGGAUGCAGGUAGCCGAGCUUUCUGUGAUGUAUCCCUUCAUGGCCCGUUCUAUGCAGCAAGCCAGGCUGUUUUUUACACCUUAAUAUUCCGUCAUAAGCAGCUGUUGGAAGGAAAUUUACGAAAAGGUAUGUUGUGGUUUUGUUAAAAUGUGUAUCUGAAGUUUCACGCAAAGUAUUACGUAUUACUCCUGUUUUGAAACCAUUAUGCCUAAUGUAUGGUCACAAUGAUUGAGCCGCUUUCUGAGCAUUCUUGCGUUGCAGUGUGAAAUUAGUUCAGUUACAUUGUGAUAGAAAUUAGGUUACGUUAUGUUGUUGAGUGUAGUUUUGUUUCUAUGGUAAAAUAAGCAAGCCAGAUGCAAAGUGACACAUUGCAUAGAUUUUCAUAUGUAAGAGAUACUCUAAACAUUAAAACACAUUUCAGCUUAAAAGGGAUACCAUAGCAAUUUUUGUGUAUAGAUUAUACCCCUGCAGUCUAGCUGUGCAAUUCUCUGCUAUUUAGGAGUUAAAUCUUUGUGUCUAUGCAGCUGUAGCCAGACCUCCCCUGACUGGCUUACUCAAAAAAAAUGUUUUAAUCCGUUCCAACAGGACAAUAUGUUUAUUUCAGAAGUUCUUAUCUGCUGCAGGAAAUUAGAAAUUAAACAGACUGUUUAUAUUAUUAUAUGUUACUUAUAUAGUGAUUAAUUGUCGGUGGAAACACACUCUUAUAUUUCUUUCCUCUAUGUUCAGGUUUGGCCUAUCUGCAGAAUUUGAAUUUUGAGCGAAUCGUCAUGUGUCAGCUCAAUCCUCUAAAGAUUUGUCUUCCUUCAGUGGUUAACUUUUUUGCUGCAAUUACGAGGUACAUAAAAUCAGAUGAUUAAUGCUUGGGUAUCCUAUAGAAAGCUAUACAUGCCCAUGUUUUUAAUGGGCCCUCUGUGCAAUUUUAGUUGUUAUGGUUCUUGUUGUCUGUAUCUGCAAUCCCCCUAGUUUUUGGUCAAACAGUUUUCUAGCAGUUUAACCAAAAUCAGGGGACCUGAAGCAACCACAGCCCAACCUUUGCUAUCAAAUUGCUAAUGUGCAGGUUAUGUACAAAACUGAUGUUAUUAAUGCAAAAAUGGAACUUCCUCAUUACAUAUCUGGUAAGUUAGGGCCAGGCUGCAGGUGCCAUGUAGAUUACUUGGAAACGGUUUGACCGAGAAUGGGCGGAUAAAGUCAUAGUCUAUUGGCAACGUGAUCACUACAACAGAAUGCUUUCUACAUUCUGGUUUACAUAGAAUUCUUUUCAUUCCCUAGCUUGUAUUGGCAUGAGAUUUCAGUGAUAAUAAGACCUUUAUGAUAAUAUGCUUUUAAAUCCUGAUUAAACAUUGGAAUUAAAAGAAAGGUCUAUGUCUCACUUGUUUAUGUCUAAGUACUGCCAUAAACAACCAGCAGCUAUCAUGCAAUUCAGUUAUAAUAUGUAGAGGUGAGUGAUUUUCCUAUCUCACAAGUAGGAAAAUCAAGUACUCAAAACAAUUGCAGGAGUGAUAGAGAUGUCGGCAAACAUUUGGAAAGAAAAAAAAAAUACUUUAUGUGACUGAUGCAGUUCUGUAGGCAAAAGUUGAUUUAGAAUGAGAGCUAAUUAGAAGGUUUGACAUCUCUCCUGCUAACACGGUGGAUUCUAGGGUAGUUAACGGGUUUAUGACAAAUCCUUGGUCAUGAGAGGAUUUUAAAGUAUAUGUUCUCCAAGGAGCCCAUUUGUUACUGAGGUGUGUGAUCUAGUAAGAUGUUUCUGGACAGAGCAGAGGUACUCCACCUUUCUACAAUGGGUGAGUGUCAAACCUCACCAAAUUAAGACCUGCCUGGUAACCUAUCCCCUGUAUUUAACAAAUAGGUAUGAAAAUUAAAUGUAGAAUUAAUCCUGGCCUCAUUAUCCGGCAACUGAGCGCCUCUAUCUUAGCUCCCUGUCAGUCAUUUUUAUAAGCCCUGUCCAGACAGAAUAUAGAGAAGAGGAGAAAUUAAACCGGGCAUCUAUUUCUCUUCCUUGUAAUAGAAAGAAAGAUUUGCGGUGCACACAGAGGUUUACAUCUCAAUGCAGAUUUUUCAGAAAACAGAGUGACAACGUUUCGACUCAAUCCAUAACUUUAUACAGUGAGGGGGGAAAGUAUUUGAUACUCUGCUAUUUUUGAACGUUUGCCCACUGACAAAGAAAUGAUCAGUCUGUAAUUUUAAUGGUAGGUGUAUUUUAACAGUGAGAGAAUAACCUAAAAAAAAUCCAGAAAACGCAUGUCCAAAAAGUUAUAAAUUGAUUUGCAUGUCAAUGAGUAAAAUAAGUAUUUGACCCCUUUUGAGUUAGUACUUGGUGGCAAAACCCCCACUGAGGUCAGAUGUUUCUUGUAGUUGGCCACCAGGUUUGCACACAUCUCAGGAGAGAUUUUGUCCCACUCCUCUUUGCAUAUCCUCUCCAAGUCAUUAAUGUAUCAAGGCUGACGUUUGGCAACUUGAACCUUCAGCUCCCUCCACAGAUUUUCUAUGGGAUUAAGGUCUGCAAACUGGCUAGGCCACUCCAGGACCUUAAUGUACUUCUUCUUGAGCCACUCCUUUGUUGGCUUGGCUGUGUGUUUUGGGUCAUUGUCAUGCUGAAAUACCCAUUCACGGCCCAUUUUCAAUGCCCUGGCUGGGGGAAGGAGGUUCUCACCUCGUCCAUAGUCCCUUUUCUGCCAUGCAGUUGUCCUAUCCCCUUAGCAGUAAAACUCCCCCAAAGCAUAGUGUUUCCACCUUCGUGUUUGACGGUGGGGAUGGUGUUUUGGGGAUCAUAGGCAGUAUUCCUCCUCCAAAUACGGCGAGGUGAGUUGAUGCCGAAGAGCUUGAUUUUUGUCUAAUCUGACCACAACACUUUCACCCAGUUUUACUCUGAAUCAUUCAGAUGUUCAUUUGCAAACUUCAGAUGGGCCUGUACAUGUGCUUUCUUGAGCAGGAGGACCUUGCGGGCGCUGCAGGAUUUCAGUCCUUCACGGUGUAGUGUGUCCAAUUGUUUUCUUGGUGACUAUGGUCCCAGCUGCCUUGAGAUCAUUAACAAGAUCCUCCUGUGUAGUUCUGGGCUGAUUCCUCACCGUUCUCAUGAUCAUUGAAACUCCAUGAGGUGAGAUCUUGCAUGGAGCACCAGACCGAGGGAGACUGACAGUUAUUUUGUGUUUCUUUCAUUUGCGAAUAAUCGCACCAACUAUUGUCACCUUCUCACCAAGCUGCUUGGUGAUGAUCUUGUCGCCCGUGCCAGCCUUGUGUAGGUCUACAAUCUUGUCCCUGACAUCCUUGGAGCUCUUUGGUCUUAACCAGGAGGGAGAGUUUCGAAUCUGAUUGAUUGAUUGCUUCUGUUAACAGGAGUGCUCCUAAAUUCAGCUCGUUACCUGUAUAAAAGACACCUGGGAGCCAGAAAUCUUGCUGAUUGAUAGGGGAUCAAAUACUUAUUUCACUCAUUGAUAUGCAAAUCAAUUUAUAACUGUUUUGACUUUUUUUUUGUUAUUCUGUCUCUCACUGUUAAAAUAAACCCAACCAUUAAACGUAUAGACUGAUAAUAUCUUUGUCAGUGGACAAACAUUCAAAAUCAGCAGUGGAUCAAAUAUUUUUUCCCCUCACUGUAAAGGCUAACAUGUAGAGUUGAAAGGUUUCCAUUCAUUUGUCAAUGUAAAUGUGCACUUGGAAGACCUCUUGGUUCCCAAACAUCUCUUUGUUUCAUGGAUUAGAAUAGGAAUAGUCUUAUUGUUUUUAUAGCGUGUGCAAUACUUUAACUGUAUUUCUAUUUUUCUCCUCAUCUGCAAUGUGUGCCUUGGCUGAACUAGACUGUGAUUUAAUAGCUAAAUCUUUAAUAUACAUUUAAAAGAAAAGAGAAUUUCACUUAAAAAAAAAAAGUUCAACACAAGUUAUAGGUGAUUUUCAAUGUUUUAUUCACCAUUGUAAUUUCCUGCAAACUGAUUGUUCUCAUUUAAGGAGAAAAGUGGAAAUGUGACAUCAGAGUAUGCAAAUAUAGCUUUAAGCCUUGUUGUUGCAUCUUUGCUAAACCUUGUCUUCUGUGAAACCCCAGGAAAUACCAGUUGGUGUUUUGCUACACAAUCAUGGAGAGGAACAGUCGGCAGAUGAUCCCUAUUGUAAGGAGCAGCUUGGGCGGGGACUCUACCCAAACAUGCACAAAUCCACUUGACAGCUUUUUUCCUUUUGAUCCAUGUAUUUUGAAAAGGUAAGGGUUUUUUCUCUCCUUCUAGGAUGCCAUUCGUUAUAUACUUACUAGUACACUUAUCUUGAUAAACUCAGCAGACCGGAAUAAAUGCAGGUCACAGCAUUUUAGCCAAACAUUAGUGAGGCUCAUACUAACCCCCACCAGCAUGGUGAGGUGGCUCAACUGGGGUAGGUUAAUCCACCAAUUGUGGCAAAUCAGCCCUUGUCCUGCAGCUACAUUACCAGGGCGAAGCUCUGAAAUCUUUCUCAUGGUAUCCCACAACUGUCCUCAAGUGUGCUUCAGCCAAAUUGUGAUAUAUAUUUUUGGAAUAUUUCUGUCUGCCUGAAGAGCAAGGUCUAUGGGCAUGCACUUGACAUGGUGCCCAAACCCCACACCACAUAUUUAAUUUUUUUUUUUUUAAAUGUCUCGAAUGCUUUGUGCUCUUCAUAUGAGGAUUUUUGUUCAGUCGCAGCAUGUAACCAGUGUCGUCUUGAUUAUUUAUUCAUGUUGUGCCUUUUUAAAUUAUGAUGUUUGAAACAAUGAUGAUGAAGAUGAUGAUGAAUUUAUAAUAUUUUGAGCUCUGGAGGUGCCACAAAUAAUUUUAUUUUUGUUGUUUUUGUUUUAAAUCAUGGGCACUAUCUAUUAAAUAAACACUCCAAUGUGAAGAAAAUGUAUUUUCUUUCUUUUUUUUUUUAAUAUACAUUUAUUUUUAUUUGUUAUACAGUUUUAUAGAUAUACCCACAAUAAAAACAUGCAUUUUAUUAUGCAUGUUUUUUUUGGGUAUAUCUAAAAUGGCUUUCAAAAGAUUUAAGUUUGUGUGGGGGGGGGCGUUGCUAACUUCCGAAGUAAGCGGACGCAUGGAGUGAGAGCUCCAUUCCUGAAUGAACUAAAAGCCUGAUUAUUAGCUGCUAACACUGCCCUGCUGCCGGCAAAACAGCACCCUAGCACAGCCCAUACAAUGGCACUGGCAAAACAAAAUAAGUUAACGGACCCGAUCCGCCAAGCUAAAAAAGACCGCCUACGGCCUACUCAAGAUGGCGACGAAGGCCUAUCUCUAUCGCUGACGUCUGAAACCCUGCAGGAAUCGGACCAAGAAGGGCCGCUACACUGAUGUGCCAGUCACUGAAAGAAGACUUUACGCCAUGCUACAAGAGUUCAGGGUCACUGACUUAAAGCGGGCGAUCUUGCGAAAUUAAGCCGGAGAUCUUGGAACUGGGUAAACGGACAAACUGCCUGGAGGCCCGCACCGAGGAACUCUGCUCAGAGCAUGACACAAUGGCGGACACAGUGCAACAUUUAGCGGAGGAGCAUCUACAACUCAAAUGCAAUGCCGACUUGAAAGAUCGCUCCAGGCGGAACAAUGUUCGCUUCUGCGGGAUCCUGGAAAAUGUGGCAACUGAUAUGCUCUCAGACUACAUAAUGGGACUCUGCUAAUCCCUGUUGCCAAACGUUACGGAGAAUUAAUGACUCCUUGAUCGGGCACACCGCCUACCAAGGCCUCCAAGACUCACUCAAGAUACGCCUCGUGAUGUGGUAGUGUGAUUCCAUUAUUUCAAAAUGAAAGACGCACUACUCACGGCGGCACGUAAGCUUCCCAAGCUGCCAGAGCCCAGUGACGAAGAUGCUAAGGAACCACAACAUAUAAUACCAAUGGGGCUAUCCAACAAAGAUCCUCAUAUUGAGGAACGAAAAAAAUCACACCGUCAACGAGCUACAGGUGGGCAUGCGUCUUAAUAAAGAAUGGGGUCUGUUUUCUGCACAAGCACCAGCAGCAAUGGCUGCUCCGUCGCCGAAGCAACUCCAGGGAGAGUGGCAGAUGGCGGGAUCACUCAACAAUGCCUAAGGAACUGUACCUCCGGGACUGUAUCUCACCAGCCUGAUAACUAUGUGGACGUGCAUAUGUAAUAUAUAUCCUUUAAGUUGCAUGAUGAUUUGGGGCUGUUUAAGUAUAUGCUUAUAGGAGUCUGUCACAAUGAACUGGUCAACCUAUGUCUCAUGGCGACUGACAUGACCCCAUUUUCGAGCGGUUUAGCCAUACGAGCGCCGCUCGGGACCCUGGCUGCAAUCCAUGAACCGGCGCAGAGUGGCAUGCUUGGGCACGGUGGUGUGUGGGUCGCGGUUGGGCCCCGAGCGGUGCUACACACAAAAUGAACUAGCUCAAAUACCCGUCCCUUAUGGGAACAGGAUAAUGUUCGCAUACUUGGAGGGUACUCACUAAAGGCGGGAGGUGGGGUUCCUAGAGGUACUAAAUAUGGGCAUAAAUUUGAUUCAUAACCUAAUGCAGUUCUACUAUGCAAAGCAUGUAAGGUCGUUAAUGCCUAGCUCCGAACACUGAGCGUACCCCCAAGGAUGAGCACAGAAGCUGGAUGUUGUUACCGACCUGUGCCUCACCCAAGAGGAGCACCAACUGUGACGAAGGCGCUAUAUAUAAGUCCCAACUUUGCCAAUCACGCUCCGUACUACCAAAAUUCCAGGUUUCACGGUUCAGCAAGCACUUAACUAGAGAUAAUGGAUGACUCUUUCAAAAUUUCCAUGAAUGUUAAAGGCCUAAAUAGCCCCCCCCGUGCAGACUAACUGCCCAGGAGAUGACUAAAUCUACGGCGGCAAUCGCAUGCUUGCAUAAGUCCUACUUUUGUGCACGAAAACCCCCCGAAUAUAAUAUACCUAUCAUGCCAUGUCCCACACCAAGUUGAAAGGUGUCUACGUUUACUUACACGGCGACUGGGUCUUCGCCCCCACUAAGCGAUGUGCUAGCAGAGAUGGCAGGCUGUUAAUACUGGUGGGCUCCCUAAAUGGCCUCCAAUUAACUGUUGUCUUCUUAUAUGCCCCGAACAACACACAGAAGACCUUCUUUUUUAAAGAUUCUUUAUUUCGUUUUUCAUAAAGGCAAUUUUACAGAAAGAAAGUUUGGUUGUAUAGGUAACAACAAUUGGAUAUGACUUUGGGUUGUUUGCAUGUGAGUCUGGCACAUUAAUCAUCGUUGUCAUUUUUCUAUACCCUCUAUCGUGGACCGCUAUUUGGUGAGGGUCAUGGUGUCGGCAUAGUUGUUUAUGUUGCCUGCUUUCGUUUCUUUUAACGAAGGGGGUUUGGUUGGAAUACUAUGCCCUAGGUUGGGUAGCGGUCCGGUUUGCUAGCUUCUUUGGCUGAGAUUGGUGGUAUAGUUUGUGGGUCUGCUGUGCCAGGGGUAUUGGUGGGGGGUUGGCUGGUGUGGAGACUGCUGCUUUUAUUGGGUAGAGUUGGGUCUGCUGAGCCUGACGUGUAGAUUCAGCCACCACUUAGCAAACUUACUACACUCACACGAUUACUAUGAUGUAUGGCGCAACCUAUACCCCAGCACGAGGGACUACACAUUUUAUUCACCAGUCCAUAUGACAUACACCAGAAUAGAUCUUUGCCUUUUCGAUAAAAGAACAUUUCUGCAUACCGCUAGGAUGCAUAUUGGUCCCAUCACAUAAACGGACCAUGCCCCGCUACUGAUAACCAUGCAAAUCCCACACCCAGCCAAGGGGAGAGGCGCAUGACAGCUAAACAAAGCCAUUUUAGACAACCCAGACUGUCUCCCCAAACCUAAGGCACACCUAGCCACUUACUUUGAGGUCUACACACAUUGCACGACCUCGGCUGCCAUCCAAUGGAUAGCCCAUAAGGCAGUAAUGAGGGGUAAUCUUAUACAACUAGGCUCCCAAAUUAAAAAAAAAAUCAAUCUGCACAGCGCAAGACAGGCUGGUUCAGGAGGUCUCUGUGGCAGAGGCCAAACACAAAACUAACCCCUCCAAACAAAUUCACAAGCUCUUGCAAGCACUCAAAGCAGAACUCCUUUCCCUACAGUUACAGACUACUGAAAAACACCUACGCUACUUAAAACAACCCCACUUCACUUCAGGCAACAAACAAAAACAAACACUGCAUAAAACAUAUACAUUCAACAUAUUCCCAGAUAGCUUAGAUCUGAGCGCACAUUAUUACCGAAUGGCGCUCAGAUCACCUACAUACAGUUCAAUCACCAUGGAGCCAAAGUCUUUCCCAUAGUCUUUCGUUAUACGAAUACGCUCCAUGGCAUAGCUAUCUGGGGUAACACUGUUCAUACAUUAAAAUACAGAAUGGACCGGCGUUCAGAUAAAUUACUAAUUGCAGGAGAAGGGAGGUCGGUGGCUCAGCGGUGUUUGUGAAUAUACUGUCCGUUUUCAGUUUCAUGGUUUUGUAGCUGAACACCGCUGGCUGUUUAAGAUGGCCGCUGCCACGUGUUCGGCUAUACGAACAACGGCCACCCAGCGUUUGUCAAUUAAGCUGCGGUUAACCGCUGCUUCUGGGAGGUAAAUUACUGGCACACUCCAUACCCAGGUGGUCCGGCAGAAAGGCACGAACAAGCCUUUCAAAGGGGAAAAUCAAGCUUUUUAACACAGGGCCAUAGUCCAGAGGUAGGCGGGCAACCAGGCUUCUCCAGAACAUAGUGUCGAGGUUGGUUUUGCCACAAGUUUAUUUUUUUUAUUUUUUACAUAUUGCUUUAAAACUUGAGCCAUAAAAUCUAUUUUUUUUAACCAUGCUUUUUAUGUAAAUGCUAACUCAUGAUCACAAUUUUUAUUAGUCUUGCCAAUUUUCAAUGUUUAUAUUUGAACAGGUGUAAGAAGGUUAUUGAUCCUAUUUAUCAGAUAUGGGAGGAAUCGAAUGCUGAAGAUUUUAAAGGAGGUCAUAAACAUGUUAAGGUAACGGUGCAUAUGCCACAUCCCCUAUGUUAUAUUAAUGUAAAAUUAAGGUGCUUCUACCAAGCAUUUCCAUCCAAAUAUAACAAACACGAAAACUGUGAAAAGGCAGGUUGUAUGGCUCAGUAUGAGAACGCCUUGGUGCUCUUAUAGGAAGCGCUCAACCUUUCUUGCAGGGCGAUCCUCCCUCAAAGGCAAGAAAAACAGACAGGAGAGUAGAGAUAGUGUAAUACUGUUGACUCCAAUAAAUACAGAGAAAGGGGGUUAGUGUAUUGCAACUAGCCUAACCCAAAGCUGGAGAUAUCUGGCUCUGAAGUAUAAUAGCUUAGGUCAGUUAAAGGGACACUAUAGUUACCUGAACAACUACAGCUUAUUGAAUUUGUUCUGGUGAGUAGAAUCAUUACCUUCAGGCUUUUUUCAGUAAACACUGUCUUUUCAGAGAAAAUGCAGUGUUUACAUUACAGCCUAGUGAUAGAUUCACUGGCCACUCCUCAGAUGGCUCCUAAAGCUGCUUCCUUGGGCAGAGCUGCAGAGUAAGCAGCACUGCCAUUCAGUGUCUCCACCCUCUGCAUGCAGACACAACUUUCCUCAUAGAAAUGCAUUGAUUCAUUGCAUCUAUAUGAGGAGAUGCUGAUUGGCCAGGGCUGUGUUUGACUUGUGCUGGCUCUGCCCCUGAUCUGUAAACAGUCUCAGCGAAUCCUAUGGGGAAGCAUUGUGAUUGGCUCGGACCAGCACUUCUGCUGAUAUCAGCAGGUCAGAGGCAGACAGGGGCAGAGCCAGCAGCUACAGACUUGAGUACAAGUAAGAUUUUACUAUAUUUAGGGAGGUGCUGAGGGGGGGGGGGUUAGGCGGGGUUGGUGGAUUUAACGUUCUAGGGUCAGGAAUACAUGUUUGUUUUCCUGACCCUAUAUUGUUGCUUCAAAGCAUGACACUGCCCAGUGUUUGUCUUUUUCAUGUUAUAUUUGCAUUUGAGAUUUAUUCAUAUAUAACAAGUGAUAAGCGUAUCCCCUAUUCCACUUGUGCCCACUAUUAUUAAGCACUCCGCACGUUGAUAUGCAGGAGAUUUUUCACUUAUAUAUACUUUUUGUUUUUACAUUGGGUGAGGGGAAGAAGGUAUCCCUUCACAUGUGCUUUUUGAGCUGCUUGUUUAAUAUCAUUUACACUGGUUUUUAAGCACUAUUGUUACACAUAAAAGGACACUUUUAUAUUUAAUACAUUUUAAGUUAACUUAUUUAAGGCUGUUUAUAAUUACUCCUUAUGUGAACAUUUUUUUUUAUCUGUGUAUUUCAUAAAUCCAGGGAGUUGGUGCAGAUGAAGAAGAUGACUUUCUAAAAGGAGAGACCCCUCACAGCGAUACUAUGGUUGGAAUGACUCCAGGUUCCUUGGAAGCUCACUUUAGGAGCCCUUCAAGCAGUGUGGGCUCUCCUCCAGUGUCUUUCCUCCAACGUCCCUUCUGAGCACCUCUCAGUAAACAAGAAUACACAACAUUGCUCCACGGAGCUCCUGCGUUAGUCAGGCUUCACCUCACCUAUGCUCGUCAGUAAGAGGAACGAACACUAAGUUUUGUAUGUGAGUGAAUAGUAUGACCAGCAGGCAGCAUCAUUACACUAACACUAGAAGACCAGUUCCAAAAUCACAGGACAAUAUUGAGGAUUGGUCAUGUGAUUAUCCGUGUAAUCAUUUCAAAUUUGAGUGGUAUGUGCUGCUCAGGGGCUCUGAUCUUCUAGCAGAGGGUGUCAAAACAAAGAACUGGUUUGAGCCUGGUUUAGUAGUCUUAUAUCAGACAUAAACUUAAACUAGUUAAGUCAAGAAAAGAGCAGAAGAGGGCAAUUUCAGCGCCUAUUCUGCUAUGAUUGGGUACCCACCUCCUCUACGGUCUCAUGGUAACAAAAUGUACCCAAUGUGAAAUUAAAUGCUGAUGUAUUUAAUUUAAACUCUGACUGUUGAAUAGAUCGGUUAACAAUAUGGCACUGUAUUCCAGGCAGUGGUUUAUAUGAAAUCAAGGUUUUCCUUCCAGAUUUCUUUAUAAAUACAGUACUUUGUACUGUGAACGCCAGAGUGAUUGGGCAUUUCACUGGCUAUAACUAAUGGUGGCUGUUUAGAGCCUUUUAAAAUACCCCUGUUUUAGAAUGAAUCCUGCAGCAUUCUUUGAAUGUCAAUUGAUCUCUUCAAAAUGCCAUUUGGGUAAUAUGCAGUCUUUGUCCUAUAGCGAGUCUUUUUCUUUCUCAAUAAUACCAGAUUUCUAUCCAAAGGUAAUAUUAUUUUUUUUUGCUGAAUUUGUCUGAUUUAUUCUUAAAGCAGAUUUGUAAGUAGAUUACACAAUGUGAUGCCAAUUAUUUAUUUGUAAUUGGGGGAGAAAGGGCAAUGUGGGGAAGUGAAGACAAACGACACAACAGAAUUUUGAUCCCUGUUGGCAGAUUUUCUUCCCCUGUGUGUUAUCAUGUUGUAUAGUUUGGAACAAAUGUAUCAAUUGCCUUUAUAUGAAUUCUGAUUUUGUUUGUAUUAAAAUCGAUAUCGUAAUAUAUUUUUUGUUUGUGACAUGACAUUAUUGUGCUAAUUUGUUUGUUUGUACUUGUAAUUGUUGAGUGUUUAAAAAUGGAAGGAGUUUGUCUUGUAUUUAAAAUCUGCUGUUCAAAUAAAAUACUUGCUUUACCUGAA